AUGCAAAGAGAAGUACCAGUGGUCUUGAACAAGACUAGUGAACUGGAGAAAGUGCUACAAGAAACUAAAGAAUCACUGUCAGGAGUUACGAGGCUGUACAAUAAGAAACAGGAAACCCAGGAACUUCACACUCAAGAGAUAGAAAGGGCUUAUUGUGAAGCCUUGGAAGCCUUACAAGCCUGGAAACAACAGUCCUUGGAUGGCAUAAAAACACGCUAUUCACAGUGGGGUGUGGAGUGUAGCGCUAUACUCAAACAUUUCCAGUUACAUUCCCAGGAAAUGGAGAGGAUGGUACAGGCUUCCAAAGAUUUAUUAGCCUCAAUGGACAUCGAGUUUUUACAGGGUUCCACGGACUUCACCAAAACAAUUGAUGACCAGCUGAAUGAGAUAAGAGCAGAUCUGGAGAAACAUGAGGUCAGCAGACAGAAGCUUCUAGAUUCUGUACAACAUGACCACGUUGUCCCUAGACAGGUGACUGUAAAAGAGACAGUGGAAGAACGUCAGGACAUAGAAGCAGCGGUCGGUGGGCAACCCCUAUGUGUUACAAAGCCGACGCUGAGAUUCACAGAGACAGACGACAGGAAGCUGAGAAUCAUUGACAGCGGCUGUGUGGUAGAGGCUGAGGGCUUGUACGAGGAUGAGAGGUGGAGGAGAGCUGUGACAGACGGGCGUUACCAGACGGGCAGGUACUACUGGGAGAUAUACAUCACUUGUUCACAUGACUGUUACUGUUACUGUCGUGUAGGAGUCACACAGGAGAGCUGUGGUGUGAGUGAGGAGACAGACCCUGGCCGUAACUCCUGGUACAUUGGGAUGGCGUACCGUGGUGAUAAGGUCGAGUGUUAUAGUGACUGUGGUGGUGAGGUCAAACCUGACUAUCUACAGGACAGACGUUACACACGACCUCAUCACCUGGGUGUGUACCUGGACUGUGAUGACCAAACACUGACAGUCCUGGACUGUGACAACAACCAG